CUCAAUAAACAAAAUGGUUGACGGCAACAUACCUAAUAACGGUAACAUACUUAAUAACGGUAACUCACCUAAUAAUGUACAACUCUCUCCGGACCUUCAGAAAGUCCUCGACAGUUUGACUCCUAGACAGAGAAUGAGAUAUGAAGCAUCUCAAUCAAAAAUUGAUAUAUUGGAGAUAAUCUUAGAUGAACGAAAUAAAUCAGAAGUCUGGUGGGAAUUAAUUACGGUGGUAAUAUACGCAGCAAUUACUAUUUCUCUUACUGUUGUGAAUGUACGCUAUUUCAAUACUGAUGAUUCUACAAAAGCCUUUUCCAUUAUUAUAAGUUGUAUUUAUUAUAUGGUCAAGAUUAUUGUUAUGGGGAUAAAGGUGGAAAUUAAUGGGUUUAUUUAUAAUAAAAUUUAUGCUUUUAUUAUUAUAGCUCCAAUAAUGGUAGGAUUAUUAGUUGCAGUGACUCUGGGCAUUUAUGUCCAGUCGCCUUUAAUCACAACUAAAUUCAUUAAUGUUGGGUUGGAAAUGUCGAAAGUUUUCAUUUCAUUGAUUGCUCGCUGAUCUAAGAAUUUGGUUUUCACUGCUUAGAUUAGUUUUCGCUGCUAGUAAACUAAAUUAAACUAAAUUUAAUAAUGUAACAAACACUUGUAAUGUCGCUAGUCGCUACAUAUAAUUGAUUACAUAAUUUUUA